AUGAACAGGGGGUCAGUGUGGGUUCUGUAUGCAUUAUCGCAGAUCGUUUUGCUCAAUAUUAGGUUGCACACGGUCAAGAUCGUGAGCGACAGUGAGCCAGAGCUACAGGCCCAACCGGGCAUCACACCUGACGCUGCGGCCGCAGCUGGGUCUAAGCCUGCUGCGGGAGGUGUUGGCGAAGAAGCCAUGUCGGCUUCAGGUUUGUCGGGGCAUCUGAUAUCCGAAGCUUUCAAGAAUUUCUAG